AUGUCCGACGGCGAGAAACCCGAAUCGGAAACCGACUCCACUUCCCACGCUCAAUCCCUAAUCCGCUCCACCAAGCACUAUUACGAAGACGCAACGGUAUAUGUAGUUGUCGAGGAUACGGUUUACGCAGUGCAUAAAUCCUUGCUCAAGAAAUUCUCCAAGUACUUCGAUGCGAUGUUUAUGGGUCCGUGGCGCGAGGCACAAACCGGUGUGGAGAAGGCACCUUUCGAUGUGAGGGGGGUGGUAAUCAGAGGCGCUAAAUCGAUCGCGAAGCUUUUCACACUCCCUUGGCGCAAGAAAAAUGUCGUGGAAACUCCCGACGAGCAGAAGGAGCCUGUUUCUGCGCCCGAGGCACUAGACUGUGCAGAAAUUAAGGAGAUUUUCAGUCAAUUGCCUACUGCGGUGAUGCUGUACAUUCUCUUGAAAAUGAUUUGUCUCGACUUCGCCGCCUUGUUCAAAAGUCUCAUCAUCAGAGUGGUUCAACGGUUCAUCGCCGUCGCCACCGAGAUUAGGCCUGCGGCGCACGCUCUGAGUGAGGUUCAUCUGAAGGAUUUGAGGAAGGAGGAAUUCGAGCUCUUGCUGGAUGUGAUAUACAACCCCGUUGAAGUGCAGAUCGAGUCGCUCGAAAUAUCGCAACUUCUCAUUCUCCUCUUCACAACCGAAUACCUGCAAUGCGACGGAUUUCAAGAUGCGGCCAAAAGAUCGAUCGAGAAACAUAAGAAAAACUGGGACAAUAUCAAUGAGUUCUUCGCCGCGCUAAGCGAUACACCGGCUGUGGCAAGCCUCGAAGGGAUCCGCAAUGACUGUUUGGUCUUCCUCAAAUCGGCUGCAAAUGAUAGAUGGGUUCAUGUCUUGCAUAUAGCCGAGCAGUAUGAAGUUUCGGAGCUGCUCUCCGACGAGUUGAAGUCAAAGUGGCCCAUCAAGCCGUGGAAGAGUCCUAUUUUCAAGCAACUGUCGAUUGAGCUGCAGAACUGGCUUUUGCUGAAUUACACCGUGCAUCCAUGUUCGCCCCAGUACUGCGCAAAGUAUCACUGCUGUGGGUGCCCGCGUUAUGAGUCGUAG